CUUCACCAAUGUAAUGACGAAUUGUCAGGGAACAAGGAAGAAGUGAAUCGCAUUACUAUAUCAUUUCCUUAAUAUGAACUCCUUUGACAUCCAUUGUUUUUAUACCUUCCCAGUUCUAUGAAGAACACGGGGUAGCCGGAGCUUGUCGUACAUGGACUGGACUUGAUUGUUUAUUCUUGAUGCUUCUACCCUUCACUGCUACUAAUGGGGCGGUAUUAUUUCUCCUCUGUCUCUAUAUGUAUAUGGUCAAUGGAGACGGUUGAAGAGCAGCUUAAACAAUGAUGGGUUCUCGUUUCCUACUUUUUCUUCUUUAGUUAAGCCAAGGCCUAAGUUAAUCACAGCAGCUAUAUCUUUUGCCUUAUCUGAGUGAACUCUGGUUUGCUUGGUUAUUGAACAGCUAUUCAUUCUUAUUCUAAAUUUUAAGGGGAUAAGCGCAUCUUAUGAAUUCUGAGAUGGAAAACAGAUAGUCUAUUCUACAUAUAGCUUAUGCCACUUGCUUUGCUCCUACGAUCCCCAUUCACCGGUGAAAAUGCUUUGGAGGAUUUCUUCUAAAAAUCAAUUUAUAUGUCAUAUAAUAUUUUAUAUUUUAUGGAUAUUUUACAACCUGCUACUUUUCGUUGUCAGUAGCUUAUUUGUUGGUUAGACAAGUUGAGGUUGACAAAAUCUCAGAGUUCUUUAUCCGGUAGUUGUUGUCAGAUGGAUCCCGAGACUGCCCUUACAAAUUGGAAUCCAAGUCAGUUACCAACUUCUUGCCAACUACCCCAAGUACUAUCAUUUUGGCUUCCCAGCAGGGGAAAUGAUAAAAAGCUUAUAUUUGGCUGUUAAUAUGUUUGUCAUUUUUUCGUUCUCAAAAUGGAAACUUUAGCUUCAUAAAUCAAACUGUAAGUUUUAUUUUUAUGUAAUUGGAAUGGAAGUUUAGCCAUCUGGUUUUGCAUCUUGUAGAUGUAGAUAGAUAUUUGACCAAACAACGUUGAAUCUAAAGGCUGUUCUUUUCUUCUUCUUUUUUUUUUUUUCUUUUUUUUUUUAUUUGUUGGACUUAUUGAUGAGGACUAUCCCUAUCAAGCAUUUAUCAUGAUCACCAACACUUUCUCAACCCUAUUAUCUAAUACCAUCCCAAGUCAGCUUUAAUCCAUCAUCCACUACUCUAACAUCAAUGCUUCUAAUUUUAUUUAUUUAUUUAGUUGUUGUUGUUAUUAUUAUUAUUAUUAUUAUUAUUAUUAUUAUUAUUAUUAUUAUCACUACUUCUCUUAAAGAAAAUCAUUCACGAAACUAGAUUACAUUUUUAUAUUAGGAGUACAACUAGUUCCAUGUCAGGCCUUAGUUUAUGCCCAUUUAUUUACUGAAUUUCUAUGAACUUGCACAAGAAAGGAGUUCUUCUAUCUCUUUCAAUUUUCAUAGAAGAAAUAUUAUAUAUCAAGAAGAGACAAAUCCACACGCAAGAAAACCACAGAAAAGAGAAAUACGCCUGCCGUUGUAAUCUUCAGCCUCUCCAUUUACUCUAGUUUAGGCAAGAAAGAGAAACACCAUCUCUCUCUCUCUCUCUCUCUCUCUCUCUCUUUGUUUUCCUUUAUUUGUAGUGGUUUUCUCCGAUAUGAGGAGCAUAGCAACUUGUUACAGUGAACAUGCGAUUGAGAUAUCAGAUUCUUAUUGUUCAGGGCCCUCAAACCAAUCCUAUCUCACUUCAAAACUGAAACCUUCAAUCCCAAAUGAAGUCACAUGCAUUUACAAAGCCGAGCUCUCCACUUCAAGGCAGCUCCUGAUCAUGCUGACAUGGCAAAAAAGCCUCAACAUCAAUAUCAGUGAGAAACCCUCCUCUCAAUCCAAGCUAAUUUCCAGAUUUAAGUCACUGGAAAAGAAAAAAGGCAACAAAGCAUUCCAGUUUUGCAAUUUCAAGAUUGAAGUUUUCUGGGAUAUUUCUACUGCUAUGUAUGAUAAAGGACCAGAGCCAAUCAAUGGGUUUUAUUUCGUCGUAUUUGUUGACUCAGAACUUGGUCUGCUUUUAGGUGACAAGGAUGAUGAUGAAAUAUUUGAAAUGAAGAAAAUGAAAACAGGAAUUCAAAAGGCAAAAUUUUUACUUGUUUCUCGAAGUGAGCAGUAUUCAGGUAAUGCUGUUUAUUCAACCAAGGCAAAAUUCUGUGAUACAGGAACAGAACAUGAAAUUGUGAUCAAGUGUGGGAGAGAAUAUGAAGGAUAUAAGAGCUCUGUAUUUUGUGUUUUCAUUGAUCAGAAGGUAAUAUUUCAAGUUGAGAGAUUAAGAUGGAAUUUCAGAGGUAACCACGCAAUAUUUUUAGAUGGUUUAUUGGUGGAUAUGAUGUGGGAUGUCCAUGACUGGUUUUUCAAUCCAACUAUUGGUGGGUAUGCUAUUUUCAUGUUUAGGACAAGAAGCGGGUUGCAUAGCAGGUUAUGGUUGGAAGAGAAGAUUCUCGAGAGGAAAGGGCAUGAGAGGGCUGAGUUUUCCUUGCUGAUCUGUGCCUGUAAGAGUCCUGACUGAUCCAUUGUUGAUUUGUAUUUUAUUUAUUUAUUUAUUUUUUCAAUACUUGGUGUACAAAGAAAAGUAGUAAGAAAAGAAAAAGAGUCGGUCUUA